GCCAAAGCUCAACAACAAGGCAAAGUGGUGGACGUGGAUGAACGCAUUGCAAGGAUAGAAAAACUUGUGGGAACUUGUUCUGGUCAAGGCUUUGAUACUAUUCCAGCCAACUUCGCAACAACUUCUCUUAUACACUCAUUAUCAAAACUUGAACAACAAAUCACUUUACUUGCUCAGCCACGUCAUUUGGAUACUGUGAUGCGAAGAAUCAAGGUAUUGAAUAGCGAAUUGGAUCGAUCUCAAGAAUUGAAGUCAGGAGGACGAAAGGAUCAUGUUUAUGGCGGUUUAGCUGGUCUAUCCACUACUAGCUCAAAUGUAUCAGUAACUGGACUUGGCAACAACGGUAACAAUAGCUUGGCUAGUAAGGAAGAUCAAAGCGGUGGACUUUCCAACGAUGCUGAAGAAAAAGUCAAUCAUCUAUUUGCGACUAUGGAAAAGGUGGACCCAUUAUUAAACCUGACCCCAGCAUUAUUGACACGUCUGAAAGCUUUACAAGGUUUACAUACUGAGGCAGCUACUUUUGGUCGAUCUAUCAAGGUCAUAUCGGAAGAACAAACACGAAUGACCGAAGAAAUCAAAAGUUUGGAUUCCACAUGUGCAUUGGUAAAAUAG